AUGGGCAAAGUCAUUGCAGCAGUGGGCAUGUCCCAUGCCCCGGGCGCUCUUGCCUUCCCCGAAACCUGCCCCAUAGACAUUCGCAAGAAACUUGAAGACGCCUCUCUCGAUCUCGGGGAGUCGCUCGCAGCAGGCAAGCCUGCUGUGAUAUUCGCUUUUCUCGACGACCAUUUCGAGAAUUUCUUCCGAAACCACAUGCCUAGCAUUGCAAUCGGAGUAGCAGACUCGCAUGUUGGACCAGCAGACCAAUGGAUGGAGACUCUGCGCAUCAAAGAAAAGACUGUGUUCCCUGGUGCCCCAGAUAUUGCUGGGCAUGUCCUUGCCGAGCUCGUGGAAAAUGGUUUUGAUGUCUCGAGAGCUGGAUCAACGGAAUAUGGCAACAACCUGCUCAUACCCUGGAUCCUAAUGAAUCCUGGAAUUACAUGUCCUAUCAUUCCCAUUUUCAUCAACGUCUUUACACCUCCUCUGAUCCCUUACCGCCGUGCCUACGCUCUUGGUGAAGCCAUCGCUGCUGCCGUAGAAACCCUACCCGCAGACACGAAAGUGGCCUACCUGUGUACCGGAGGUCUUUCUCACUGGCCCCCUUACUGGAAUGAACACCAAGCCUCGCCAGACGACAAGUUCAUGCAGCGCAUGAAGCGUUACCAAACCGAAGGCAAAGAGUACCUGAACUGUUUGUCGAGUUCGACGAUUACGAAUUGA